AUGUUUCUUCCAAGAGGUUCGAGCCUGCUAUGCUCGUUGCGGCAGACCCGCUUUCGUCCCUCUUUUGCACCACGAUUAUUAUCUACGAGGGCCUACGAUCCGCUCCGAAUACUUUUCUGCGGUUCCGAUCAUUUUAGUAUAGCUUCUUUGAAAGCUCUCCAUGAUGAACACAAGAAACGGCCCGAUCGGAUCGCUUCUAUCGAUGUCGUCUGUAGGCCCGGGAAAAGGGUGGGAAGAGGCAUGAAACAAAUACGAGAAGUUCCAAUCAAAUUCGUCGCAUCAGACUUAGGUCUCCCUAUCCACGAAGUUGACACCUUCACGGGAUGGCAGCCCCCGGUGUACCCCCAUGGACCGAUCAAUCUCAUAGUGGCCGUAUCGUUUGGUCUUUUUGUGCCCCCGCGAAUACUCAACGGUGCUAGAUACGGUGGAUUGAAUGUGCACCCAUCGUUACUUCCUGACUUCCGUGGGCCUGCGCCGCUACACCAUACUCUCCUAGCUGGGAGAACCACGACUGGCGUUAGCCUCCAGACAUUGCACCUCCAGCAUUUCGAUCACGGAACAAUCCUCGCCCAAACUCCCUCCCCCGGUUUCGAGAUCCCCAACCCUGAUUCCUGCACCGUUCCUGAGCUGUUGGACGUUGUUGCCCCUAAAGGUGCGGAACUCUUAGUGAAGGGCAUCCAAGAGGGCUUGUUCGUCCCACCGCACAGAAACGCCGGCUGGUACACGGCUGAGCAGAGGGACCUGAUACAUGCUACCAAGAUCAAACCGGAAGACAAACACAUCGACUGGGCGACUUGGACCUGGACAACUAUCAGUCGGCGGGAACGGGUGCUAGGACCGCUAUGGAGCAAGUCUCUGGUUCUUGGUGAAUCAUCUGGGCCUACUCCGACUUUUGAACAACGAAGGGUUAUUCUCAGUGAAUUUGAAGAAGUACAGCCGUUGAAAGGGAGCGAGGCAUUUGCCCUGGUUCCAGGACUGCCCUUCAUAGACGGCGAGCACACCGUCAAAUCGGACUCAGGAAAAGGGGUAUAUGUCUUCACUCGAGACGAAAAGCUGGUCAGAAUCCAUAUGAUGAAGGUGGAAGGGCGGCCCAAUACGGAUGCGUUCCGUGCUGCCCUCAAAGCUCGGAUGAUUGGCAGCCGCACUUUCUCAUCGCAUGGUGCUUCAUUCACUCCAUUCCACAAUCCUUUCAACUGA